AUGUCGUUUAAUAAUAUUGUUACUAUGGUUUAUAGUCUCUCCGAAGAACCUAAUAAAUUAAGUGAGAAUGAGGAGGCAAAAUUAUACAUUUAUCUUGUUAACAAGGAUGAUUCUGGAUUAGCUGAUGUUGAAAAAUUACUUUAUUUCUGCGAAACAAUAGACACUUCUGAAUUUGUAUACGUAUUUAUCGAAAAUUCAAAUACAUUUAUGAAAGAGGCAGAUGAACAUCAGGUUCAGUUCGAUUAUGGUAAACUAGUUAAAACAGUUUCAAAUGGUCGACCUAUAGGCGCUGAUCCUGCAAAGCUUGAGAGUGAUGGAUUUAAUGUGACCAUUAAAGAUCGGAAAUUUAAAGGAAAUGAAGUCAUUAUAGAGAUGUUAAUUUAUAUUAUGAAUACAAUUCAUAUUCACAACAUUCCAGGUGCAAUGAUAUUAAUCGCCAGAGAUCACAG